AUGCGGAUUAAGAACCUUGACACAGGGGAGGAGUUUGACCUCGAGGAAUAUGACAAUCGGGAACCAUCCGUUAGCGGGCAUCACAAUAACUAUGGCGAAGCGGACCAUAUGGGAGCCUUGGACGAUGACGACGUGCCGGGACAGCUCGUGCGGGGAAUCGGGGCCAAGAAGAAAGCAUGGCUGAAGAGCACAAAAAAACUCAAAACCUGCGGCGUGAGAGACGUGGACAGGGUGCAGCUGUGUACGCAGCGGAGCACGUGCAAGUUGGUUGAAUCAGUUACGGUUGGUGCUGGUUGGUGUGGCUGCGGUGUGGCCGCCUCCACGUGCGUCCUGCAGGGCUCCGCGCUGGCCGGCGGCUUGGAGGGCGUCGUAGGUGACGAUGACGCGCUGUACGGCGGCCGCCGCCGCAGCUCUGACGACGGCAGCGUGGCGUCCACCUCCGCCAGCUCACCCAUCCACGGCGUGCAGAAGAAGCGCUCUCCUGGUGAAGCACUGGACAUGUCAGCACCCGGCAGCAACGGCGGCGGUGACGGAAAGGUCGGCCCAAAGGUCGGCGGCGGUGGGGGCGCAGCCGCCACGACCACGGCCUUUGACACGCUCUCACUGCCCAGAGAUCCAAGCUGUAGUGCAUCGUCGUCCAGGGGGGACGCCGCGAGCCGUCCUUCGUCAACGACGGCAGUGGAUGCGAACCCCGCCGCCGCGGCGGCCGCUGCGCCCCUGGUUACAUCGGUUACGGCUCUGUCAACCAUUGCCUUGGCUGAGGGCGGUGGUCAGCACCAGCGCUCAGAGGACAUGCGGAUACCCCUGCUGGAGGAGGACCAGGCUGGGCCGUCCAGCAGAGCGGUGCCGACAGCCAAGUCCUGGCUCAACCAGCCCGCGCGGGUGGCUGGUGGCAGGCGCUCCGCGGGGCGGCAGCUGCAGCAGGUCCGCAUGAUUCAGGAGCUCCUGGGCCAUGAUGGCCCGGUGUGGGCGGUCAAGUUCAGCGCGGACGCGCGGCUGCUGGCCACUGCGGGGCGCGACGGGGUGCUGCGGGUGUGGAGUGUGUAUUGGUACUCGCCCGGAAGCUGUUGCUUCCACCCGUCGGAUCCGCGGUGCAUCGUCACGGGCUGUGCAGAUGGGAAGAUCCGUGUAUGGAGCGUUCCCGACGCGGCUGUGGUGGCGUACGCCACUGUGCCCCAGGACCUCAUCACGCGGGUGGUCUUCUCUGCGGACGGCAGCCGAGUGGUGGCGGGCACACUGCGCGGCAAGGCACGUCACUACGAGUUCAGCAGUGGCGGCCUGGACUACCUGACGCAGCUGGAUGUGAAGAACCCGCAUGGCUCCGGGCGCAAGGUCACAGGGCUGGUGCAGGUACCGUACACGUACGGCAAUGACCAGUUGUACGUCAUCACGAGCGCGGACAGCCGGAUACGGCUUUACGUGGGUUACACGCAGGUGAAGGAACGCAAGUUCAAGGGCCACCGCCACUCGAACACGCAGAUCGCCGCAUCGCUGUCCCCCAGCUGUCAGCACCUCAUCUGCGGUUCAGACGACGGCUGGGUGUACGUCUGGGAGACAGGGCUGCCACCACCACCGCCACCGCUGCCGGGACCGACCAUGGUGGGCGCCCUCAGCGGGCCCACUGCGACAGCUACGGGCGGUACGGCGACCGGUGCCACCACAAGCUUGGGCUCAGCCGGGCUUGUUGCUGGCCGCGGCCGAGCUGGGUUCGGAGCUGGGCCAGGGCCCGGCGGCAAGGAUGUUGCAGCCGCAGUGCGAGGAGCUGGCAAGGUCAAGGAGGGCGUCUAUGAGGCCUUCCAGACGCCGGAGCAGACCACGACGGUGGCUCUCUUGGCACCCAACGUGUGCAGGCUCGGUCGAGGGCUUGAACGACUUGGGCGGGGGCCGGCAGCGGCAACAGGCGGCGGGCCGGCAUCACUGUUGAACAGCUCUGUGGCGCAGCUGCCGCUGCUCGGCGCGUUGUUUGUAGUUGUUGGCUUUAGUGGCAAAAUUUACGUGUAUGAGAAUCUGCCAAUGCAAGGGAUGAUGUAG